UUGAAACCCUUAUUUCAUUUUCGAAAACUCUCCUCUUUCUCUCUCGAUCUCGUACUGUCACCGGCCCACCGCCGAUUUCGUCUUUCCGUCAUCAUCUCCGAGCUUGUCAGUCGUCACCGUAUUCGGCGUUGCCUUCCUGAGAAUUCAUUGACACCAUAAAAUUGCAGAAAUGGCGGCAGCUUUCUCUUCCAGAUUCUCUCCAGCUGGACGAUCAUUGCUUGGAGGUCUAACCAAUGCAUUAUCUGGCUUGAGUAACUCCUUGAGUGGGGUGAUGAAUGGCAGCAUUCUCUCUCAGCAAAGAACAUUCAUCCAAAUGAGGACAGUACUCAAAGUUGUGGACAACUCGGGAGCGAAGAAGGUGAUGUGCAUCCAAUCCUUGAAGGGAAAGAAAGGUGCGAGAUUAGGCGACACAAUCGUUGCAUCUGUCAAAGAAGCAAUGCCGAACGGGAAAGUGAAGAAAGGGAAAGUCGUUUAUGGAGUCGUCGUACGAGCUGCCAUGCAGAGAGGGCGUGUUGAUGGGAGUGAGGUUAAGUUUGACGACAAUGCUGUGGUUCUCGUCGACAAGCAAGGCCAACCAAUCGGUACCCGAGUGUUCGGUCCUGUCCCUCACGAGCUCCGCAAGAAAAAACACGUCAAGAUCCUUACUUUGGCUCAGCACAUUGCUUGAGUUUGAGACACGGCCACCCCACAGUAUGUCCUCUGCAACUCAGACCCUGAUAAACUGAACUAGUUUUGUUUCGUUUUCCCUUUCCUGUUCCGAGGUUUACAACCAUACCUCUCUGUUUUAUGACCGUACCGAUGUUCAUCUGUCAUUUAAAAGGGGAAGUAGUUCUUCAACUGGUUUUCUGCAUGGAACAGGCAGAACCACAUGUGGGUUUUUGUCGUCUUCUAAAGAUAAUACAGAUAUAGGCAAGUUCUGUUUUGACCAUUAUUGACCUGAAAACCCUAAAUUAAGAUAUUGGUUUACU